ACUCCAACGGGCGAGGCGCAGCGGCACGGCGGGGUCCCCAGCCUUCCUGCAGUGCAGAGAUCCACUCAACUCAUGAACCCAUACCUGCAACUGACAACUUCAAGGAUACCGUGAAUGUGUUUAUUAGGAAACAAAUAAGAAAAAUCUACAGACAAACAUUUAAUUUGGUUGGAGUAUUUUUUUGAAAGAUUUAGGCUACUUACACAUGUUUUUAGGGUUUCUAUGGACAGUCGUAUGACCACAGCAAAUGCUCACGAGUAAUAAUAUAAUGAGUACUUUUGACAUUUCUCUUUAAACCUCAAGAUGGAUUUACAAACCUUGAACGAGACCUCUGUGUUCUUGGAGUGUGUGGAAGCGCAAGGCGCAGCGUCAAAUGGAACGCCGAACUCCAGCCUGGAACUCACAAACAUCACCACCUGUGGAAACGCUUACGUGGUCCUCAAACCGCAACAUGUCAAACAGAAAGAGGUGGACUCGCUGCGUAUCCUGCUCUACUCUGUAAUCUUCCUCCUCAGUGUGUUUGGCAACCUGCUAAUCAUUGUGGUCCUGACGGUCAACAAGCGCAUGAGGACGGUCACCAACUCCUUCCUGCUGUCCCUGGCGGUCAGCGACCUGAUGAUGGCCAUCUUCUGCAUGCCCUUCACCCUCAUACCCAACCUCCUGGAGGACUUCAUCUUCGGGCCCACCAUGUGCAAGAUAGUGGCUUACCUCAUGGGUGUUUCCGUGAGUAUCUCCACCUUCAGCCUGGUUGCCAUAGCAAUUGAGCGCUACAGCGCCAUCUGCAACCCGCUAAAGUCACGGGCGUGGCAGACCCGUUCCCAUGCCUACCGGGUGAUUACUGCCACCUGGCUGCUGUCCUUCAUGAUCAUGAGUCCCUACCCGGUGUUCAGCCACCUGGUCCAUGUCACCCUGAAGGACAACAUCACCAUCGCACGCAUGUGUCGCCAUAUCUGGCCCCACAGGGAGGUGGAGCAGACCUGGAAUAUGAUGUUGCUGCUUACGCUCUUUGUUGUUCCGGGUGUGGUGAUGAUCGUAGCCUAUGGACUUAUCUCCAGAGAGCUGUACCGGGGAAUCCAGUUUGAGCUGGGUCAGAAGACAUCAUCCCCCAGUCUAAAGAAUGGCCUGACCGGCACCGUGUCUUGCGGCAGCGACGAUGGCGAUGGUUGCUACGUCCAGGUCUCCAAGCGUCCACACUCCAUGGAGAUGUCCACUCUGACAUCAUCUACUGCGAGCACAUCCAAAGUGGAGCAUGCCCGCAGCAACUCCUCAGAGGCCAAGCUCCUAGCCAAGAAGCGUGUGAUCCGGAUGCUGGUGGUGAUCGUGGCUCUGUUCUUCCUGUGCUGGAUGCCACUAUACUGCGCCAACACCUGGAAGGCUUUCCACCCAGCCUCUGCCCGCCGUGCCCUCUCUGGUGCCCCCAUCUCCUUCAUCCACCUACUGUCCUACACCUCGGCCUGCGUUAACCCCAUCAUCUACUGCUUCAUGAACACUCGCUUCCGCAAGUCUCUGCUUGCCACCUUUGCCUGCUGCUGUCGCCCUCCCUGCCGACGCCAAGGGCUGCGGGAUGGAGAGGAGGACGCAAUGGCUUUGGGGGUGUCCAUGUCCAAGUUUAGUUACACCACAGUCAGCACUAUGGGGCGUGCUGAGGGAGGGACCACUGACUGACUGGGGGACAGGGGAGACCAGAGAGAUAUGUGGUUAUGUGAUCGGUUUAGUCAUUUCUAUAGGGGAAACCAUUAACCUGUGGUCAUUAAGUAUGGGGGAGAUUAGGUUUGGGCGGUAUCCAGAUUUUCAAACCUUCCUACCAUUCCUGUACCAUACCGGGGUACAAGUUAUUACCGGCAUUGCACACAAGGGGGGCUAUUUAUUUUCAAAACCAAAAAACAACACCAACAAAACAUUUAAACAAUUCUUAUUUUUUUACAAAUUUGGGCAGGAUCCAGGAGGGGAUUGACUUAUUUAACAUAUAGUUAUAAGCAGUGGCGUAGCAUUUAUAUAUUUAUGGUAUUCAAAAUCAUACCGUCUGAAUUUCACAAUUCCCCCGGUAUACCGCCCAAGGCUAGGGGAGAUGCACCCACAGUCUAUAGGGAAGUCAACACAAGACCGUGACUGUAAUGCUAAUGUCAAGAUCAAUUGGCUCAGAGAUGUAUUAUCUAGUUAAACUAACCUACUGUAUGUUGAUGGGUAGAUCAAACCUGUAGUCCUUUAAAAAAAGGGAAAAUACUCAUGACCUUUCAAUAGUUGAAAAACUAAAGAAAAUAAUGGAAAUAUAAUAGCACUGUUUUUCAUUAGCAUUUAUCCCAAGUGAUGGAAAACAAUGUUUAAUUUAAUGGUAUGUAGCCUAUGUAGUUAUUUCGUUAUCAUCUGGGACAGCUUGCAUUAAUUUUUACUGUUGAACCCUUGAUAUAGGAUUGGAACUAAAAUCAGGGUGGAAUUAAAGGGUUAUGUGUUGGUAGGGGGGUGUAUUCCUGAAUGAUACGCUAUGGGGUUGCAGUGCAGUAGCUUGAGGAACAGGUAUUAGUAAUACCAUUUGCAAAGUUUCUACUUAUUUUCACGUUGCUUUGGGUUUUUACAAUGCCGAUGAUGUUCUUAUUAUUAGUGUUGUCAAUGUCCUGAUGAUGAGAAAGUCUGUUGUGGACUAUAAGUGCGUGCCUGUAAAUGCUGAUCUUUCUUCGAGUAUCAUCUGUUUGCUGUGCUGUGGACUAUGUAUUUCAUGACGGACAUUGUAAAUACGGUGUUGCUACAUCAUGGUCUUAGCCAGACUGGAUUGGAUGUGGAUUGGAGGCCAGACUCAACUGUGACCAAACCAACCCAACCUUACCGAAGACAGCAGCGAUAAUGAAAGUAAGUAAUGUGGGGUAUUAGCGAGGUACUUUUACUGUAUAUUUCGGCUGUUAGUCUGGAUCCAGCUCAUUUGUAAUCAUGGUAGACUGCCUUUGUCUCUUUUAGAGAUGCAUCCUUGCUUUUUCAAAAACAGCUCGGUGUCUGCAGAAAACUGACGACACAACAACUUGUGUUGCAUAUCAUUGACCUGUUGUGUACAGUGUAUGUGCUCUGUUGCCAUCUAAAGCACCAUGUUGUCCAUGUAUCCACUGCACUGUUGGUGUGUGUGUUUGUGUUGCUGCUAACAGGGUGCGUAAAGUUACUCAGCUGAGCAGGGGAAAGAUUCUACAGACAUUACUGAUUGGCUUCAGCAUCAUCUAAACUGUCAAACAUGUCCUUCAUACUGUAACAUACUGGCAGCACAGAAGCCUGUCGAUUUACAGGACCUUUACUAAAAUACCAGUUUACAGCAUAUUACUGGAACACCUGCCUACAGAAACAUGCUGUAUUUCUAGAAUCUACAGUGUAUAUGUGACAAUAAAACAUAUACAUUGAGUGUACAAAACAUUAAUAUGGAGUUGCAGCCCCUUUUGCCCUAGGAACAGACUCCAUUCGGCGGGGCAUGGACUCUACAAGGUGUCAAAAGCGUUCCACAGGGAUGCUGGCCCAUGUUGACUCCAAUGCUUCCCACUGUUGUGCCAAGUUGGCUGGAUGUCCUUUGGGUGGUGGACCAUUCUUGAUACACAUGGGAAACUGUUGAGGGUGAAAAAACAAGCCACAUUGCCGUUCUUGACACACACAAACCGGUGCACCUGACACUUACUACCAUACUCCGUUCAAAGGCACUUAAAUCUUUUGUCGUACCCAUUCACCCUCUGAAUGGAACACCUACACAAUCCAUGUCUCAAUUGGCUCGCCUUCAUCUACACUGAUUGAAGUAGAUUUAACAAGUGACAUUGAGAAGGGAUCAUAGCUUUCAACUGGAUUCACCUGGUCAGUCUAUGUCAUGGAAAGAGCAGGUGUUCCUAAUGCUUUGUACACAGUGUGUAUGUUCUUGUUUAUCUAGUUUUUACGCAAGUUUUUAGACAAAAAAUAUGAUAGGGUACUGUAUUCUGUGAGAUAUAGCAUUCUCACCAAUGGGACACGCCUCAAAAUACAGUAUGUUAAUGAGAUUCUAUCUCCGCCUACGGCAAU